GAGUCAGCAUUAAUUCCCUCCCUCUCUUCCUCGCUCUCUCUCUCUCCCUCUCUCACUCUCCACUUCUCCUUUCUCGCCUCGCUCUUCCUCAGGAAUUGUGAAUCUGAAGUAACAUGGAGCAGCUCAACGAUCACCUCUGCAGGUACAAAAACUACAACUUCCCCGUCGGUGUCAUCACUGCCGAGUACCUGGAUUCUCUCCAGAGCUUUGAAGUACGAGACUCUGACAUUUUCCUGGUCACUUAUCCAAAGUCUGGCACGAUAUGGGCUCAGCAGGUCAUCAUCUCCAUCUGCGAGCUAAGUGGCGGCCUGAAUGAAUAUCCAAACAACUUUGAGCAGAUGCCGUGGCUGGAAUACCCGGAGGGUCGUCCAGAUUACGCUCUGAGAACCUCUCCACGACUCUUUGCCUCUCACCUCACCCCGGGUAUAAUGCCUCCAGGCCUGAAAAACAAGAAGGCAAAGAUGAUCUACGUGAUGAGGAACCCAAAGGACAACAUCGUCUCCUAUUAUCACUUCAGCAAAGCUGCCGCUGACCUGGAGACUCCCGAGACCUUUGAGGGCUUUUUUGAGAAGUACAUGACGGGCAACGUUGGAGGAUCAUCAUGGUUUGACCACAUCAGGGAGUGGCAUUCAAAGAAAGACGAGUACGAUAUCCUCUUCCUGACCUACGAGGACAUGAUUUUGUACCUGAAGGGGGCAGUAACCAAGAUCUGUAGCUUCUUAGGGAGAACCCUCAGUGACGACGCCAUCGAUCAAGUCGUAGAAAAAUCCACAUUCAAGAAGAUGAUGAAGGACUCAAAGGCAAAUUACGAGUUUCUGCCAAAGGAGAGGAUGAGUGCGAGCUUAAUGCGCAAAGGUCAGAUCGGCGACUGGAUGAACUUCUUCACCGCUGCUCAGAGUGAAAGAGUUGAUAAGCUGGUUCAGGAGAAACUGGGUGAUCUGUCUCUGAAGAUCAUCUAUGAAUGAACCAUGACAACAUUACGAUGUAUAUGUUCUUAUUCCUGUGAAGAUCCUAAAGUUCACUAACGACUGAUUAACGUCCUGAUGGUUUCCUGUUGAAGUUCUACUAAAGUUGAUGCUGUGAAUGAAUAUAAAUAAAAAUGCUGUCUUUA